AUGAAACGAAUGAAAUGUACUCCGACGAAAAGGAAUAGCGAGUGUAGCUCCGGUACUAGGCAGCAUAGCGAAUCCGCUCCAAACAUUGCCGCGAAAUGCGAAUUAUCAGCUAUAGAGAAUAUAAAUCAGCCAUACGAGACCACCAUUCCUGAUGACCCACCACGUGCCCCGUGCUCCAUCGACAACAGGCACGAGCAGCAGAUCAGGAGCGACGACUGUGAGAUGGCCAUGAGGGUCUGGGCACCUUGUACAGUUGACGAAUUCUACGGGUACAACAUGGGCACACCUUGCGUGUUCUUGCGUCUCAACUAUAUUCAACGACCCGCCCAAACGUUCGGCGACUACGUCUGGGUCUCCUGCGGGGGCGAGAUGAACUCCGACAAGGAGAACAUAGGUCCCAUCCAGUUCAUCCCCGCCGGACUGCCGCCAGGCUUCCCCGUCUCACGGCUGCACACCGCUGACAAGAUCCCGUACGCCAACAGGAAUCUACCCGACCAGACACCACCACCUCUUAUCGCGGUUUUCUUCGAGAAUCCUCGGCGUGAGGUGUUGAUAAACGUGGAGUGCCGCAUUUGGACUCGGGACAUAUAUUACGACCCCUCCAGUAGAGUAGGACGCGCGCGGUUCGAGCUGUUCAUCAAUCAUUAA